GCCUGGGCUCUCUUGUGCUUCAGCGUUUGGGGGAAGCUUGUAUAGAGGAUCAUCUGGAAGGAACUAGGAUUUGGAUCUUUAAUGGCUGAAAAGGGGGCUCAGAAGUUUCUUCUGUUGCCUUUGCUUGGCGCUCAGGAGAAGCUGCCCCCCCACCGGUUUUCCUGCUGCAGGGAGCGGACUCUGCACAUGCCUCAGAACCAUGCUGGCUUCUGCCUGUGAGAGAAGUGAGUUGGUGGGACACAAAUCCAGAUAGACCGCCCCCGCAUUGGGUGCUAGCUGACAGAGAGAGAUGUGGGAACAAGUGGAAGAAUCAGGAAGACCUAUGCACAUGCUCAAAGAACCCUUCUUUUGCAUUCACGUCCAGGAUCUUCCCCCCGGCUCGGAGCCCACCGAGACCUCGCCCGUGCCCCCUGCUGCUGCCGCCGUGCUUCCGGUGAGCUACCGGCUCUCCAACACCCGCCUGGCCUUCUUCCUGCGGGAGACGCGGCCGGGACCGUCCGACAAUGCCAGUGCCGGCCUGACCCGCUCGGAGCCCUUCGUGGUCUUCCAGACCAAGGAGCUGCCGGUCCUGAACGUCUCCUUGGGGCCCUUCGCCACCGGCCAGGCCUUGCCAAAGGAGCUGCUGCAGCCGUCCAGCACGCUGGAGGUGCCGGAGCGCCUGACGGUGAACUGGAAAGUCCGGGCCUUCAUCGUGCGGACGCGGGUGCCAGCCAACCAGCCCACCGCCCAGGUCCUCUUCUACGUCUCCGGCCGAGACUGGGACGACUUUGACGCUACUGAGCGGCUGCCGUGCGUGCGCCUCCACGCAUUCCGGGACGCCCGCGAGCUCCGGGUCUCAUGCCGCCUCCGGAGCAGCCUGGCCUCCUGCUUGGCUCAAGCCGAGCUGCCGCAGGCCUGGUUCGGACCUUCGGCUGCCCCCUCAGGCCGCAGGAAAGGACCGGAGGGGCUGGAGCCGGCCGGAGACGUCCAGCUUGUGGAACUGUACUACACGCUGCACACCCCGGAUGGGAUGGGAGAUUGUGGGGGCGAACUGAUGGGGAGAAGGGGGGGCGCCGGGGCCCGGACCGAAGGCCCCACGCAGCACCCGCUCCUGCGCAUCGGCAGCCUGAGGCUGGUCCAGCCCUCCGCCGCCCUGCCCUUCCAGGAACAGCGUCUGGAUGACAACGUCUUUGUUCGGCUGCCUGAGAGUCCCCUCAAGCCGGGCGAAGUGCUCAACGUGCUCCUGUACCUGAUGGACAACUCCACCGUCGAGCACUUCACCCUCAGGGUGAAGGCGAAGAAAGGGGUGAAUCUCCUCACCACCCGCUCGCGGCACCCCAAGUGGCUGGUGAAUUCGGAAUUUCAAGCCGGCAGUAAGCACGCCACCUCCACGGUGGACGUGGCUUGGAUCGGUGGCCCUUUGCCCAGGGAGGAUGAUGCCCCGUACGAGAUCAUGCAGCUGGAGUUUGAGAUGGAGAACUUCACCAGCCAGUCGGUCACCCGGCGCAUCAUGUGGCACAUUGACUACCGGGGCCGCAGCCCACCGCCAGACCUGGAGAAAGCCGUGACGGAGCUGACCGUGAUCCAGAGGGAUAUCCGGGCCAUCCUCCCUUUAGCCAUGGACACAGAGAUCAUCAACACAGCCAUCCUCACAGGGAGGACGGUGGCCAUCCCGGUGAAGGUCAUUGCCAUCGAGAUGACGGGGGCGACCAUGGACGUUUCGGGCCUUGUGAAGUGCAAGUCCAGCAAUGAGGAUAUCAUCAAGGUUUCCAACGGCUGUGAUUAUGUCUUCGUGAGCGGCAAAGAGUCACGGGGCUCCAUGAACGCCGGGGUGUCCUUCAGCUACGAGCAUCUCAGCGCCUUGCUGGAAAUGACCGUCUGGGUCCCCAAACUCCCGCUGCACAUUGAGCUGUCUGACGCAAGACUCAGCCAAGUGAAGGGGUGGCGAGUUCCGAUCUUACCCGACCGGAGGUCCAUCCGGGAAAGCGAGGAUGACGAAGAGGAGGACGAGCGCCGGCAGAGCCGAGGCUGCACCCUCCAGUACCAGCACAGCACCCUGCAGGUCUUCACCCAGUUCCACACCACCUCCUCGGAGGGCACCGACCAAGUGGUCACCAUGCUGGGUCCCGAGUGGAUGGUGGAGGUCACCGACCUGGUCAGUGACUUCAUGAAGGUGGAGGACAUCCGGGUGGCCCACCUGGUGGACAGCAACACCCUGGCUGGCCGGGAGCCGGGCACCACUCUGUUCAAGGUUGUCUCUCCGCUCAUGGAGGCCGUCCUCGGGGAGACCCUGGUGACGGUGGUGGACGAGAAGGUCACCAUCGCGGAACUGAAAGCCCAGCUCAUCUCCAACCUCUCGCUCUCCUUGCACCCCAGUCCUGGGAACAGCCACACCAUCGUGGCCAAGACGACCGCACAGCAGACCCUCAACUUCUCCAAGCAGGAGGCUUUGCUGAGCCUUUGGCUGUCCUACAGCGACGGGACUACGGCCCCGCUCUCCUUGUACGACCCGAAGGAUUACACCCUGGUGCUGAGCAGCCAGGACCGGGCGGUGGUGUCCGUGGUGCCCGACCGGGCCUUCCCGCUGCUGAGGGCCGAAGGCGAAGGGACGGGCGAGCUGGUGAGGGCCGAGCUGACCAUCUGCGAGGUCUGCCAGAAGACCAAGCGCCGGAGCGUGCUGGCCACGGCCUCGGCCAGCGUCCGGGUCCAUUUCAGCUCGGAGGAGGAGCCCACCUACGACUACGAGCCGGUCCAAACGCCCAGCGGGCCUGGGCGGGAGAGGGGCGGCGUGGGCACCACCCCCCGGGGGGAGGCGGAGUGGCGCCUGGUGCCCAGCCAGGACAGCCGGGGGCCGAGCGCCAUUCUGCCCACGGAGGACUUCCCGACCAUCCCCACGGGCUACGUCCAGGUGCCUCGGGGGCUGACGGACCUGGAGAUCGGCAUGUACGCCCUCCUGGGCGUCUUCUGCCUGGCCAUCCUGGUCUUCCUCAUCAACUGCAUCGUUUUCGUCCUCAAGUACCGGCACAAGCGGAUCCCGCCGGAGGGCCAGACCAACCUGGACCACUCCCACCACUGGGUCUUCCUGGGCAACGGGCAGCCCUUGAGGGCCCAGAACGAGCUCUCCCUGCCGCCCGAGAGCCCCGGCAACCCUCUGGAGAACGUCCAGACCUGCUGCCACAGCGACCACCACAGCAGCGGCUCCUCGCAGACCAGCGUCCAGAGCCAGGUCCACGGGCGGGGGGACGGCUCCUCGGGAGGCUCCACCCGCGACCAGAGCGAGGACCCCCUCAACUCCCCCACCUCCAAGCGCAAGCGGGUCAAGUUCACCACCUUCGCCACGAUGCCCUCCGACGAGCUGGCCGCCUACAACGCCAUCCCCAUCGCCGACGAGGAGGAGGAGGAGGACCUGGAGUGGGUCUGCCAGGACGUGGCCCUCCAGGACCCGGAGGGACUCCACCGCUACAUCCACAGGAUCCAGGAGAUGGCGUAGCCGUAGGCGCUCCCCCUCGGACACCUCGCACCCGUGGGCGCGCUUUAGCCCAGGGGGGCAGGCGCGGGAGCGGUGGGCGCUCCCCCUGCAACGGGGCUGUGCCCGGGGAGCCUCCCUCCUGCGUUGGCUGGGCUCUGCUCUUGGUGGACUGAGCCCGGCGGCAGGUCCAGCUGUGUGAUCCAGAGGAAAGCGGCCCUCCCCACGUCGGAGAGGGCCACGCGAACCCUCCGUGG